AUGUCUGCCUUCGCCCCCGACGACGGCGACACCCUCGAUACCUUCGUCGAGGAACCCUCGACCUCACCCCCGCUCCCACAAUCCUCGUCCCUGCACUCCAUCCACGACCCAGACGCCUCGCACCACCGCUCCAAUAAUCCCCUGCUAGGCUCUGACAAUCUUGUCUCUGACCUGGAGCAGGAGGUGCUGGAUGAGUAUACACGGCUGCUGGGGAAUGUGAACCAGCUCUCCGACAAACUAGGCAUCCUCGCCGGCUCCCCCUCCUCCCUAACACUCGACGGUCUCCGCCUCCUCGAGCGCAAGACCGCCACCGUGUGCACUCUGCUCAAGGCGAGUGUAUAUAGCAUUGUUCUACAGCAGCAGAUCUGGAAUGAGAAUGUGGAGCAACAGCAGCAACAGCAACAGCGGGGAGGAGGAGAACAGGAUCACACCGAAUUUCAGGAUCAGGAGUACCGGCAUGAUGGGGAUGAGGAUGUGACAUUUCAGUGA